CCUUGCACACACGAACACAGCCGAUCAGCCGCAGCAGAUCUGAUCAUGGCGGAAUGUGAACGAGUUGACAGGAGUAAUCAAGGCAUGGAUAAAAGCAUUACGCUGCCACCCGACGAAAUCUUUCGGAAUUUGGAAAAUGCAAAGAGGUUUGCAAUCGACAUAGGUGGGUCGCUGACCAAGCUGGCGUAUUACUCCACGGUUCAACAUAAAGUAGCAAAGGUUCGCUCAUUCGACCACAAGGUAAAGGAAGCAGAUGGAGACCCACUCUAUGAGAUCUCAGUGCAGGAGGAGAUCACGGCUCGCCUUCACUUCAUCAAGUUUGAGAAUGCCUACAUUGAAACCUGCCUGGACUUCAUCAAAGACCACCUGGUUAACACAGACACCAAGGUGAUCAAGGCGACAGGUGGAGGGGCCCACAAGUUCAAAGACCUCAUCGAGAAAAAGCUCAAGCUCAAAGUGGACAAGGAGGAUGAGAUGACCUGCCUCAUCAAGGGCUGUAACUUCGUCCUGAGGAACAUCCCUCACGAGGCCUUCGUAUACGCCAAACACGCCGACUCAGAGUUCCGCUUCCAGAACUCCAACCCAGACAUCUUCCCAUACCUGCUCGUCAACAUCGGUUCUGGGGUGUCCAUUGUCAAGGUUGAGUCUGAGGAUAAGUUUGAGCGUAUUGGAGGAAGCUCUAUAGGUGGCGGAACCUUCUGGGGCCUGGGAGCUCUUCUCACUAAAACAAAGAGAUUUGAUGAGCUGCUUCAGUUGGCCUCCAGGGGGCAGCACACCAAUGUUGACAUGCUGGUCAAAGACAUCUAUGGGGGAUCCUAUGGCUCUCUGGGCAUGACUGGAGACCUUAUAGCCAGCAGCUUUGGAAAGUCUGCCACUGCUAACAAAGAGUUCUCUAAAGAGGACAUGGCCAAGAGCCUCCUGCACAUGAUCAGCAACGACAUAGGGCAGCUGGCCUGCCUGUAUGCCAAGCUGCACAAACUGACCAGGGUCUACUUUGGAGGCUUCUUCAUCCGGGGCCACCCUGUCACCAUGCACACCAUCACUUACAGCAUCAACUUCUUCACCAAGGGUGAAGUCCAGGCUCUGUUCCUCAGACACGAGGGCUACCUGGGAGCCAUCGGGGCCUUUCUCAAAGGAGCAGAGGAAGACAAUCCCAACCUGUACAGCUGGGGGGAAAACUACGCCGGCAGCUCCGGGCUGAUGAGCGUGUCUCCGGACCUCAACCCCAUGCAGAGGGCCCGCAGCGGAACGUUUGAUAUGUUGGAGAUGGACCGUCUGGAGCGACAGCUGGUGAACCUGCCCCUGCUGCAGGAUGCGUCCUCCUACAUCCCCGACACGGUGGACCUGACGGAGGACGCCCUGGCCAGGGAGUACUGGCUCUACUGCUUCCAGGAGGCCCUGGACGGGGUGGUGAAGAGGGCUGUGGCCAGCCAGCCAGACCUCCCUGAGGUCGCGGAGCGGGCGGAGAAGUUCCGUCAGAAGUACUGUCACAAGCUCCAGACCCUGCGACACCAGCCCUUUGCUUACGGAUCCCUCACUGUCAGAAGCCUAUUAGACACAAGAGAACACUGUUUAAACGAGUUCAACUUUCCCGACCCCUACUCUAAGAUUAAGCAGAGGGAGAAUGACAUGGCCCUCAAGUACUACCAGAAGGCCGUGAGCUCCCUGGAGCAGCUGAGCUGGGAGCAGAGGCAGUUUGCCCUGGUCCGGGGCCUGCUAGCGGGGAACGUAUUCGACUGGGGGGCCAAGGCUGUUUCUGACGUUCUGGAAUCCGAUCCAGAGUUUGGCUUUGAGCAGGCAAAGCGACAGUUGGAAGAACGUCCUUGGCUCGUUGAUGCUUUUGACCAAUGGCUGGAGAGACUGAAGGGUCCUCCUCACAAGUGUGCCUUGUUUUUCGUAGAUAAUAGUGGGAUAGACAUCAUUCUGGGGGUGUUCCCCUUUGUCAGAGAGCUCCUCUAUCGAGGAACAGAGGUUGUACUUGCCAGCAACUCUGCUCCAGCUCUGAAUGAUGUGACCAAUGGUGAACUGCAGAUUCUGACUGAGAGGAUUGCUGCCAUGGACCCUGUCAUUCAGACUGCCGUCAAGGAGGACAAGCUUGUCUUGGUCCAGAGUGGCUCCAGCUCUCCCUGUCUAGACUUGAGUCGUCUGGACAAGGUCCUUGCCAUGGUUGUGCGCGAGCGCCACACCGACCUGGUGAUCAUCGAGGGGAUGGGCCGCGCCAUCCACACCAACUACUACGCGUCGCUCAGCUGCGAGAGCCUCAAGAUGGCCGUCCUCAAGAACUCGUGGCUGGCCGACCGGCUGGGGGGCAAGCUCUUCAGCGUGGUGUUCAAGUACGAGGUGCCCCUGAAACCUCACCAGGAGUUGGCGGCGCUGACGCCGUCAUGAGCUCCCCAGGACUCCUCCGGGCUGAUUGGUUCUACAGACACAACUAUAGGAGUGUACAUGACAUGCACCAUACAUGCUGUAUCUAUAGGAGCUUCUAUAGGAGUAUAUCUGUAGGAGCAUGUAUGGACACCUGUGUUAGAGGUACUUCUUGGAGCCUACAUCUCUCGCAGCUUUACAUAGUUGUAUACAUCCAUAGGAGCUUCUUGUAGGAGGUUACAUCUAUAUGGGCCUAACUGGAGUACAAGUCUAUAGGAGCUACCUUUAGACACAUCUAUAAUCGUGUCUAGGAGCAGGCUGGAGGAGUCCUGCUGGUGUUUAUGAUUGGAUGAAAUCAUGACUUACCUGAUGAAUGGUACUGGCUCAGGCAUUAUCAAUAACCAAUGGACUCUGGAUGAUUUAAAAGACAUGCGGAGGGAUUUAAUACGGAGUUGUUUCUUAAUAUCAAACUGUACUCAUUGUUUUGUGUUUUCUUCCGGUUUCACUAGAGCCUAUACACAGUUAACCAUGGUUUGCACCAACAACUUCAGUGUUCUGGCUAAUCCACAAUCUGAAUAUAGCCUACGUAAGCAGCCAAAACCAACUGUUGUUAGUGGUUGCUGGAGGUGUGUGUGUGUGUGUGCGUGCCAGCUCAAAAGAGGGACAGACAGUUCAUGGAAACGAAAUCUGUAAUCAGCAAGUACCCCGUCGUCACGCGUCAGCAUCCCAGCCGUUCCCAUGGCAACGCUGCUCUGCCACGG